CCAGAAAACAACCUCAAAACAAACACACCCAAGAUCCGCGACAGUUCUUCAACAGAAUUUGACUGCAAACCCCACAAAACCAGACGACAAUAAGAGAUUGCUUCCUCUUCCUUCCUCGAGCGAGUUGCCAGCCUCUCACCUCCCUACGACGACAUCGCUGCCUAUCAUGAUACCAUCCGGCGCCGAUGCCACUUCUGUCCCGUCCAUGAUCAUCAACUCCGAUAACAAUAUGGUUCAGCUGUCUAUUCAAGAGGGUAUAGAAGGUAUAAAGGCAGAUGAGAUCCCGUUCAAUACCUCCACCUGCUUUCGCAGACUUCCUCUCGAAUUGCGCCACCAAAUCGUCAAAGAAGCUUGCAACGCCCCUCGUAUUCUCAUGGUACUAGCAAACUCAUACUCACUUGCUGCUAUACCUUCUUCUGUCGCCAAUCUUGCAGUUCUCUACGCUUCUUCUGAGACUAGAGCGAUGGCUUUGGAGGCCCUCAAACCUGUAUUAUACCUACAUAUCCAACCAGAAUACGAUUUUGGAAGUCCCAUAGCCUCUUUGACACCCAAGAAUAUGUAUGGAGAAGUUUUGAUGACAUCUAGUGAUAUCGUUUACUUCAAUUCGAAGUGCAGAGAUGAAACAUUCGAGGCUGCCAAGGCAAAUGUCACUUUCCACAAUGGUCGUGCCUGCCUCAACGUCAUCAACAUUGCCUUCAAUACCACGGACCUCAAGAAUGCUAAACGUGGUGCGUACAAAUGGCUCAAGGUUUUGGCUUGGACCUUCCCUGCCGCAAAAUUCAUCUUCGUGGAUAGACUCGCACCACCUCUCGAUAUUUUCAUAGCAGACACAAUGAGUACGGAUGACCAACAAGAGAGCUCUGAGUACCACAGCCAAUCCAGCGAUUCCCGCCCGCAGCGCGUUACUCAAGACCAACUUGGAGGAUCUCUUGAAAUGAUUGAUUUGGAGGAUGGAACAUACUCGGUAUUGGAUGAUGAAAUGCAAAAUGCACUUGCAAAGCUUGCCAAUCGACCAUCCGACCUAACGGUCUUGGCCACCCUUGGCUUCGAUGUGCCAAUAAUCAAGAAGGCCGAUUUCAAGAUCCCUUCUUUCAGACGCAUGGGUCUGACUCGGGAAGGUGUUCGAAUCUAGGGAUUGUUUUCGAUUAAUGGUCUCCGACCGAUGGGUGAGCACUGAGCAUGGUCUGAGUUGAAGCAGGAAAAUGAUGGCUGGGGGGACAAGAGGG